AUGCGUAGGUCCUUCCCCUUCCCUCCCGCCUCCACUGUUAAUUUCCGUACAGCCCGCACGAAGAAACAGAAGAAGCAAGCUCCGCACCAGCCUGGUGCGGGUGCAGUCCAACAUCAAAAUGGACAGCCGCUGAGCAAGAAGCAGCGGAAGAAGCUGGUGAACGAGGCGAACCAGCAGGCACAGAGCCAGGUCCAGGUCCAGGUCCAGCAGCAAUCAAAACAGAAUCGAAGGAAGAAAAAGUUGCUGGCGAGGGAGGCGGAGCAGGAUAAGCAGGGAGAGGCUGCUGAAUUGGAAUCAGCGACAGUGCCCAAGUGGGUGAAGGACUUGAAGCCGAAGGAGUUUGGAAAUGGCAAGGUAGUGAACUCACACCGUGGUCUCGACAGCCAAGAGUCCCAAGGUUAUGAGCCCUCCAAAGAUCGCGCAUGGAGCUCUGCCUCUGACAUUCAUCCAGAAAUCCGCGCAGAAAAGACGUCGAUCGAGUCCAUCAGCGAUCCCUAUUCUACUUCUAUGGUAACAUCUAGCGCACCCGCGCCCCUCGUACUAGAGUCCAGCGAUCUCGGAGCUCCCACGCUCCCAUUAGUCGAUAUCGUCAAGGUAGCCGCGGGAACGAAACCGUUUAUCUCGAUCAUGGUGCCUCUAUUUCCUUCAAAGGAUGAAAUCGCCAGUGUCAAGCGAAACCUCGAUACAGUCUUUGGAACCGGAUGGGCGUCUGGAACGGUUGAGAAGCACGAUACGGCUGAGAAAUGA